AUGGAUCUUUAUUUUUUUCGUGAGCGAUCACGCUCUCCACGACGCCGCUCCCGAAGUCCUCGCCGGAAUCGGCGAUCUUUCUCACCCCGGAGCCGUUCCCGCAGCCGUGAAGACUAUCGCCGCAGUGAUCGACGAUCGAGAUCUCCCAUGAGCGGGGUGGCUGCUGCUUCUGGAGGCUAUUCAGGUUCCGCAUACGGAGGUCGUAGUGGUCCUCCACCUGCUCGUUCACUUGAGGAUCGUGCCGUUGCCAAGGAACAGAUGAUGCAAUCAGUCCGCGAAUCUUCCCAGCAAGACCGCCGAGUCUAUGUUGGGAACCUAUCCUACGAUGUCAAAUGGCACCAUUUAAAAGAUUUUAUGAGACAGGCUGACUGUGGACUACUACUAUUUUCUACUAUAGCUGGAGAAGUUCUCUUCGCCGAUGUCUUAUUACUUCCGAAUGGAAUGUCGAAGGUGGGCGUCAUUGUGAUUGUGGAAUACGCAACGAGGGAGCAAGCUCAGCAGGCUGUUGCAACGCUCAGUAACCAGAACCUUAUGGGCAGACUCGUAUACGUUCGCGAAGAUCGAGAGGCAGAACCUCGUUUCACCGGACCACCUCAACGCGGUGAUUUUGGAGGUGGUCGAGGCGGAUUUGGUGGCCCUGGCAGUGGCUCCAGUGGUGGACGCCAAAUCUACGUUGCUAACCUUCCAUACAAUGUUGGCUGGCAGGAUCUAAAGGAUCUUUUCCGCCAAGCUAGUAAGUCAUGA